GUGCCCGGGGGGACGGUCUCGAGACCGACCCGAGCUCUCGCAUUUGUACCCGCUGAGGUCCGCAGUGGCCUUCCUGCGCUGUCAAAAGUACCGUACUGCUGCUGCGGCCUCGAGGAGGCGCGAGUUACGUGUGGACGGGCACGCAACACAAACCAAACCAGCCUGCGGCAAAAAAAGAGAAGGCAAAGGAGGCCGCGCUGCAACAGGACGCUGCGUCGACGCCGCCGCCGCGGACCAUGGCCUACUGCGGCCCGACCCAGCUACGCAGCCAGGCGGCCCGGCCGAACCGGAGCAACCACCCGCCGCUCCGGGUCGUGAUCCUGGUCACGUCGUUCGAUCCAUCCCCAACGCCAAAGAAGAAGAUCCCGCGCCUCGAAAUACACGGCGAGGACGGCGACGGCCGGAGCCGGUGCGUCUUCUGGCGGGGCGAGGCCGAGGCGGCUGUGAAUUUGGUGGAGGUCGGCGCCGUCGUGUCGUGCGUCGUCCAGCGGAGCGACUGUGAUGGUGCGGUCGUCGUGUGCGAGGGCUGCCGCGACUUGAGGGUCGAGUGGCGCGCCGGCGACGCGCCCCAUGCAAAAGCGGUCGUCCAGCGCGUCGCCGGCGCGGCGCGGCCGGCGAAGCGGCCGCGGCCGGCGCCGCCGGCCGGGAGCUACUGGUCUCCCUUGCCGCUGGGCGCGGCCGUGCAAAGUCCGAAAAGCGUCUGGACGCGGGCCGCGAUCAGCGUCGCGCAGCCGCGCAUCGGGCGGGGCGAGUCGGAUCAAGCCGUGGGCCGGCUGCUGAUGAUGGUCCUGAAUGGCGACGCGCCGCUGAUCUUGCGCUUGCGCGGCGACGACGGCGCGUCAAUUGAUUGUAAGGCCACGCCGCAACUCGCGCGCGCGCUCCAUUUCUGCCUCAGCGGCGACGACGUCGACACGUGUGUCGCCCACGCAAUCACCGCCGGGCAGAAGCACCGGCGCCUGCAGAAUGGCAUCCCGUCAAUUGAGUGCAAGCUUUCACCGGGGCCCGUCGUCGCCGGGAUAGCGCUCCUCAAGGAGGACGCGUCCUGGACACCCCCGUGA